UACAGACCCGUCAGUUACUGUGGAAGCAGUGUUUCUUUUAUAUCAUCAUCAUGCAUCUUCUCCACCCACUUUCGAAAAUAUUAACAGCCUGUCUCAAGUUAAAGCCUUUGUACAGGAGAGAUCGCAAGUUUAUUUCGUGAUGUUUCUGAAAUUUUCCGUGUUUGUCGCGGCGGUCGCUUUGUCCUCCGCAGGUGAGCUACCAAACUGUUCUCCUGGCGGUUCCUAUUUCGACGAGUUCACCAACAGGCUAGAAUGUUGUGCUGACAUCUGCCAGGAUCCUCACGAUAAUACAGCGGGAACAUACUGCAAGUCUAAGUGUCCGGGCUAUGAUGCGGCAAUAGCCCGUUCGGUGGAGAAGACAAAGAAUGGUGAUGCAGACUCUAAAGCGAAGGAAAGUGGUCCUGUCCAGCAUGAUGAAGAACGCAAUGAAGGAAAGAGUGACGACGGUCCUAGAGACAUCAGCAACAUCGUCGGCAUUGUUGUCAGUGGCAUUCUUUUGGUUGCUGCUGUCACCACAAUGGGUGUAGUUAUCCGGUGGAGGAGACAACAGCGCAGUCAGCCUCAAGGAUCGUCAAACCAGUAUGCGCAAGUUUCUAACAGAGAAGGUGAACAGACGGUUUGACCGGAACUGGGAGCCGCCAUCACAUUCAGUGUUUGUUUCUUCAAUAUUUUUUUUAAAAGCCACAGUCAUAUCCAGAAAUGGAGGAUGACUAUUACUGGCAACACGAUUUCCAUUAAUACAAUAGAUUGUUUGACGACCUUCAAACAGAAAUGAAGGUAAAGUUUGAAGAAAGACUUGUAUAUUUACUGGACAUCCAAAGAAGCUAGCCUAUGUUGCAGCAAACGAUGAAUUCUGUCUGCAGUGCAAAGAUUUUUGAGGAUUAAUUCUAAAAGCAUUAUGUCUUAGUAUGAUUGAUCUUUACUGUACCGCUUUCACCACCCACCACCACCACCACCACCACCACCACCACCACCACCACCACCACCACCAAUAGGAUUACAGUUUAUUUUUGUCUAAGUAUGAUGAAUCUUUAUAGGUUUCGAUAAAACCACCACCACCAUCACCACCACCACCACUGCCAACAGUAAUAUUAUAAUGAUACAAAUUAAAAUGGCUGAGAUUAUCAUUAAAUAGAAAAAUAAAGAAGAUUAAAGGGAACUAAAAUGGUUUUGUUAUCAAAUGUAUUGACACGGAUCAGUCCGUGCCUCCUUUGUUUUUCGGCAAUCCCGCCUGAGUUUGGUGAAAGGAAGUAGAGGAGGGAGCGAGGUGACGUAGCCAGCCCUGUGUGUGUGUGUGUUGCCCCUCUGCCAUGGACAGGCAACUGCGUAAUUAGUUGAUGGAUGUAGAGGUCUUGAACCCCACGUGAGUUUCGGACCUCACGUGGGGCAGGAAGAAUGUCAGAAAAAGCAUGCAUGUGUGAGUGAAAUGUUCACCAAAUCGGUAGGGUUUGAGAAAAGUAUUGAGUCGAGCAUUCCCGCACGAGUUGUCAACUAAGACAGACGAAUGUAAUUUGAGAUAAAGAGAGUGCGGAAUUAGUAUAAUUCCUUGCCUAGACAAGGUAUGUAAAGUGAUGUUUUAAUAUCUUUGUCUACCUCCAUGUGAUGUAAUAAUAUGUGAUUGUUGAGAUAUUAAUUAGCCCCAUAUGAAUAUUUAAAAGAAUAUAAGCGUUUCAGGAAUUACCGGCGAGUAGGAAGUGCCGGAAAGAGGAAUUAUCGAUAAAGAGAGAUUCCGAAAGCAGCCGCCAAGACGGGUGAUACCGGUACCUGUGUGAGUAGCGAUAAGGGAAUCGGUGCUUGGAGUUCAUUGCCAAGGAAAGGAGCUUAUGUAGAGGGACGAGUAAGGAGGACCCGCCGAAACGGAUCUCUAACGACCGGAGGGCCUGGGAGCCUGGUAUCAUCUACCAGCAUGUGUGUUUUUUUUUUCAUUGAGAUACGUCCAGUGUUGUGUGAGGGUAGUUGUUCGCAGGAGGAACAUUCCUAACGCUGAGGAUCGAGAGAGAGUAUCCUACAUCAAGUGGCAGAUGACAGGACUGGAAAGAGUAGCUACACGAGGAGAAGUAAGUGCGGACGUUUACCAAAGGACAAAAUAGUUGUGUAUUCGCCAGUGACGUCUGCCACCUUCUCAGACAGUAAGUUGAACUAUUUUGUUAACAGAAGGAGAGACUUGCGUCUACUUAAAGGAACUUUAGAGAGAUCGAAAGUUACUCUUCGUGUGUGUGAAAGUGAAAGAUUCUGUGACAUUUUUGAAUGUAUUAACGUGCUUAGAAAAGUUGUAGUUGGAUUUUGUUAGCAGUUUAAGAAACUGCAGAAGACCUGCCAGAGAGCGGUCUUGGAUGAUGUUAGCAGUAGAAGACCUGCCUGCGAGCGGUCUUGGAUUAAGUUAACAGUUUCAUUGAGUGUGCUGUGUUAAUUGUAGUUGUGUACGGUGUGUAUGUUGGAAGUUUUGUGUGUAUAUUAAACGGACGUCCUGAACUGAGGUGAUCUCGUAUUGUUUUCUUAUUCUUAAAGAAUGCGCACGUCCGACUUCAGGUAGUGACAUGUAUCUAGUCCUUCGUUUGGAGAGGAAUGCAUCACAGACACAACAGGUGUAAGCACGUUGCUACCAAAUAAGAGAAUGAACCAGUCGUUUGUUGCUCGAACAUGAAAAGAUUUUCAACCGUUACUCAAACGUCGAUUGUUUCUUCUGGUAAUGAUGGAUAUUAGUCAUUCAUGCAUGACUAAAAUUACCCGUACAAUACAACUUCAUUAAUCCACAGGGACAAUUCCAGAUAGUGCUCAUACGAGCAAUACAUAAAGAUAAACACAUACCAUGUUGAAAUAAAUAUUUAGUGCCGGUUAAUAACAAAGAUGCUGAGCAGGCAAGCAUUUCAAUUACUUAACGAUAAACAGAAUUCUUAUCAUUUUUCUGCAAAUGGCAACAUUCUUUACAAAUUCGAUAACAUGUAAGUAAAAACAGGAAAUAUUAAAAUUAUUUUGGUGACAUAAUGUUAUUGAUCUUUCCACCCUGAGUAUGUAUUUCUCCAUCUCUAUCACAACAUUUGUAUCGCUUCACUAGUAUUGGGCACAUCGUUGUUUCUACGGUGUUACCGGAAGUGCAAGUCUUCCAGGGUGGGCCACCUAAAAAGUAGUCCGUGGGGACACCCGGUAGUGUAGUGAUUAAAACACUCGCUUGUCACCACUGCAGCGAGCGGCUCAGGGUUCAGAUCUCAUCUAAGGACACUCUUUGUGACACCUGUCCACAGGGCUGGGCGUCGGAGGCUUUCUACGGGGACUCCAGUAUAUCCUCCCUC